UCUCUCUCUCUCUCUCUCUCUCUCUCUCUCUCUCUCUCUCUCUCUCUGUGUGUCUGUGUGUUAUAUAUAUUUAUAUACUGUGUGUGUGAGUGUGUUUAUAGAGUGCGUGAGUGUGGGGGGUCGGAGGAGGACGACCAGACCAUAGAAGAAGAAUCUGGUCCGCUAUGGGAGCUGUUCUGGGAGCCUUCUCAUUGGCCAGCUGGGUGCCGUGUCUGUGCAGCAGCGCCACCUGUCUGCUGUGCAGCUGCUGUCCGAGCACCAGGAACUCCACGGUGACCAGGAUCGUGUACGCCUCCAUCCUGCUGCUGGGGACCAUCGUGGCCUGCAUCAUGCUGUCGCCGGGCGUGGACCGCCAGCUGAGGAGGAUCCCCGGGUUCUGCGAGGGCGGCGCCGGCUCUAACGUCCCCGGCCUGCAGGCUGACGUGAACUGUGACAUGUUUGUGGGUUAUAAGGCCGUGUACCGCGUCUGCUUCGCCAUGGCGCUGUGGUUCCUCGCCUUCUGCGUUUUCAUGAUCAACAUCAAGAACAGCAGAGACCCCCGAGCGGUGGUCCACAACGGGUUCUGGUUCUUUAAGUUUGCAGCUCUGGUGGGGAUAACAGUCGGAGCCUUUUACAUCCCCGACGCUCCGUUCACCUACACCUGGUUCAUCAUCGGCUGUGGGGGGGCGUUCUGCUUCAUCCUCAUCCAGCUGGUUCUGCUGGUCGACUUUGCUCACUCCUGGAACGAGUCCUGGGUCAGCAACAUGGAGAUGGGCAGCUCGCGGGUCUGGUACUCAGCUCUGCUGGUGGUCACACUCCUGAACUACAUCCUGUCCUUAUUGGCCGUCGUUCUCUUAUUCGUCUUUUACACGAAGCCUGACGGAUGUUUCAUCAACAAGUUCUUCAUCAGCUUCAACAUGUUGUCCUGCAUCAUCGCCUCAGGCAUCUCUGUGCUGCACAAAGUCCAGGAGUCUCAGCCUCGCUCAGGUCUGCUGCAGUCCUCCAUCAUCACCCUGUACACCAUGUUUCUCACCUGGUCGGCCAUGACCAACGAGCCAGACCGGGAGUGUAACCCCAACCUCCUGAGUAUCUUCCAGCAAAUAGCAGCCCCCACCCCGCCCCCCCUGGAGAUAGAGAACCAGACCUGGGUGCUGAUUAUCGGCACAGAGGAACCCGUCCUGAGCGCCCCCUACCUGCAGUGGUGGGAUGCGCAGAGCAUCGUGGGACUGGCUAUCUUUGUGCUCUGUAUCAUCUACUCCAGCAUCCGCUCGUCCAGCACCAGCCAGGUGAACAAGCUGACCAUGGCGUCCAAAGACUCGAGCAUGUUGGCGGAGGGCGGCAGCAGCACGGAGCUGUUGGAGGACGUGGCGGGGCCGCGGCGUGCGGAGGACAACGAGCAGGACAUGGUGCAGUACUCGUACUCCUUCUUCCACUUCAUGCUGUUCCUCGCCUCGCUCUACAUCAUGAUGACGCUCACCAACUGGUACAGCCCCGACGCAGACUACACCAUCAGCAGUAAGUGGUCGGCCGUGUGGGUGAAGAUCUCCUCCAGCUGGGUGUGUCUGGCUCUCUACAUCUGGACCCUGCUGGCCCCCCUGAUCCUCACCAACAGAGACUUCAGCUGAUCCUCCUCCUCCUCCUCUUCCAGCAUCGACCACCUCAUCAGCAGGACGCCAUCUGACCGUUUGUCCGUCAGUGGAUGAGGUGUUGGUAAACUCCUCGUUAUCGAUGUGGGGAGGUUCUCAGGGGGUCUGCUCAACCCCCUUUAGACCACCACGAAGAGGAGGAGCAGGAGGGAGGGGGAAGGAGCGGGUUAGGUCUGAAGAGGGGGAGUGGUCCUGAUCAGUGCAGCCAUGAUGCCUUCACGUCGUUCCGACCUGUGUGAUAUUUUAACCUGCAGCUCAAACGAGGCCCAAUGAGAUUAAGACCCUUUUUUAUACGGGCGUGGUCGAGUCCCGGAGACCCGUGGUCGAGACCCGCGGUCGAGUCCCCUGGUCGAGUCCCCGAGACCCGUGGUCGAGACUCGUUCUCGAGACCCGUGGUUGAGACCCCGAGACCCGUUUGAGACCCGUGGUCGAGUCCCCGAGACCCCGAGACUUGUUCUCGAGACCCGUGGUUGAGUCCCCGUGACCCCGUGGUCACAUCAGCUGAUUCAGUUCAUCAUAAAAACAUUUCUUUAUGAAUCUAAAGUGGUCGAUGUCUUUAUUGUUUACGUUUCUCUGGAUGUCGAUAAAUAAUAAUCAUGAUGUUUGUAAACCUUUUGCCUUUGAUCCUCUUAAACAUGUCCAGAGUUUAAAGGUCGUUAUCUUCAGCCGUGAAUCUGAUCGACCUCAAACUGAAGGAGCGUCCAUGCUGACCACUCGAUAAUAUUUAUGUUUAUAUCAAAGUUGAAAAUGAUUUAUGAUUUUAUUUCUGUGAUUAAUUCAGGACGUUUCUGCUCGCUUCUGUAACAACGCCGUCACUAAGCUCCGCCCUCAUCACGUCAUUUUUGAAAAAAAAGAGUCUGAAAAGACUUCCUGUUUGUGUUUUGGACUUCCUGUCAGGACUCGCUUCAUGUUCUUCUUCUUUCUGUCACGUUUCUGAAAAUGGAUUUCAUUUUCAAGUUUCUGUUUGUUUACAACUAAAAACAUUCUUAAAGCAGCUCGACCUGAAGAUAAACAUUUGUUUGUUUGUUUGUUUGGAGCCCACUUUUUAAUGAGGUUAAUAAAGUAUUUCCUUCUUCAUGU